AUGAUCUGCAACAGGUGGUACGGGUAUAUCUUGGCCGGCUCGUUGAUCAGCAUUGAGUGCGCCAUGUUUGGCAGGGAGCGUCGCACUUGUGACGCGUACCCGACGCUGAUGCCUCCAGCUCCCGGGUACCUCCCCAGGCCGCCCGUGUACGUCGUCGAAACGGGCAUUUCCGAAUUCUACGCAUACAAUUACGAGGAAAUUAAGCAAGCUAAAAUUCGAGAUAAAUCACGCGGGCGACAUGUUAUAUGCAAAUAUCGUAUUACAAGGUAUAAGUGA